AUGGCCUGUCUUUUAGCACCUUUUAGUUCAAGCCAGUCGCUAGCGGCCGCUAAGAAGCUCCAAAGAAGCGAAAAUAAAUAAAAAUAAAAUGUACAAAAAAUACCAUUACCUAGUGAGUCGAUUUGCCGAUAUAUUAGCGCUGUACACAAGUAUACUUGGUAUACUUCUGAAAUAAUUGAAUGUAGGGAACCCGACGUGUGCGAGUUAAAGGAACUCGCACUUGACCGGUUUUCUGCCUUUUUCUCACUCAUGAUUCAUGAAAUGUUCGUUAAGUGAUGGCUAAUACCCUUUUGCUUUGCACGCUUCAAUUAUAUUUAACCGUAAACGUCAGUAUAGAUUGGUGUAUAAAACAAAAUAGGUAAGCAAUUCUAAUUCUAAGGUGUUUGCCAGGUACACAGCCAGGUAUGAAUAUUGCAUUAGUGUCGACGUGAUGACUGUCUGUCGUGGUACAAAUCGGUCGGCCACGCAUAACAUGAAACGUGAUAUGACGAGAAGGCGUCAUUGGUCAGUUGACCUCGGAGGAGGAAAGAUUGCGUUGCGUUGUCUUUUGGUAAAAUGGCUUAUUUUAAUUUCAAUAACCUGUUCCGAGUGAUAACCAGAUGCUGCAGUACGAAUUCGACAGUAAACAAAAUUAAGAACAACAAAUUAAUCUUGUAUGGGGACGAAGUAUCCCCUCCCGUUCGGUUCACACUAAUGGUUGCAUCCAUGUUGGAGAUCAAGUUUGAUUACCAUCACAUAGAUCUAUUUAAAGCAGAUAAUAAAUCUCCUUUUUAUACGAAGAUAAAUCAACUAGAAAAAGUACCCGCGUUGCAAGUCGGCGAUGAAGUCAUUUGCGACAGUCACGCCAUUGCAUUAUAUCUGUGUCGCACCGGAGAUGGUCAGCGACUGUACCCAAAAAAUCCAAUUACAAGAGCAAAAGUUGACCAGACCCUGUUCUUCAACGCUAGCACGUUGUUUCCUAUUGACAGCUAUAUAUUUACGGAAUAUUUUCGAGGCAAAUGGCCUGUCAAUGAUGUUAAGAUUCAGGAGUGGCGCUCCGCAGUGGACCGUUUAGAGCAUCUUUUGGCUGAUCAGAUGUGGCUGGCUUGUGAUAAGGUUACACUUGCUGAUUUGUGCUGUGCAACUACAGUAAGCUCGCUACAACUAUUGGUGCCCCCGUUGGACUGUCAUAUUAAAGUUAAGCAAUGGUUAGACAGGUUGCAAACGCUCUCUUGUUAUGAAACAAACUUACGUGGAUUAGAGCGACUGAAAAAUUGUAUUCGUAGUUUAGAAUAAAUAUUCGAACAAUAAAAGUAUAUUUAUUGGAGCUUCCAAUAAAUACUUAUGUGUGAAAUUUAGCAUUAAUAAAUCAGUUGCACAGUG